AUGGAAGAGGGUAGUAAUUAUACCUCAGUGGUCAUGUUUGUUCUCUUGGGACUCACAGAUGACACCGAGUUGCAGCUUACUCUCUUUCCAAUCUUCCUAGGAAUGUAUCUUGUGACCUUAUUCUGGAACCUUAGUCUGAUUAUCCUAAUCAGAAUGGAUUCACACCUGCACACACCCAUGUACUUUUUUCUCAGUUUCCUUUCAUUCAUCGACAUCUGCUAUUCUUCUUCCAUCAGCCCAAGAAUGCUAUCAGACUUCUUCAAAGACGAAAAAGUAAUUUCCUUCCUUGCUUGUGCCACCCAGUAUUUUGUUGCGUGCUGGAUGGCUCUGACAGAGUGUUGCCUCUUGGCUGCCAUGGCUUAUGACAGAUAUGUGGCUAUUGGGAAUCCACUACAGUACUCAACCAUCAUGGCGCCUGGGCUCUGUCAAAAGAUGGCUGCUGGAGCACUAGGGAGUGGUUUGUUUAACAGUUUAUUUCAAACAAUCCCUUGCUUUAAUCUCUACUACUGUAAAUCCAAUGUUGUUCAGCACUUCUUCUGUAAUUUACCUCAGAUUAUUACCUUGUCUUGCUCUAGUCCCUUCAUCACUCAAAUAAUUCUUUUUCUGGAAGCUCUAGUUGUUGGGUUGGGUUCCUUAUUCAUUAUUUUAUUAUCCUAUGGUUUUAUUACAGCUUCGAUCUUGAAAAUAUCUUCCAUCAAAGGCAGUCUUAAGGCCUUUAAUACCUGUGCUUCUCACCUUGCAGUUGUAGCACUCUUCUAUGGCACAGCUCUGGCUGUGUAUAUGCGCCCUAGUUCUAACCACCCUAGGAAACAAGACAAAGUAUUGUCAGUGUUCUAUGUUAUUAUUAUUCCCAUGUUAAAUCCUCUCAUCUAUAGUCUGAGGAACAAGGAGAUCAAAGAGGCCCUUAAGAGAGUGAUGAAAAGGAUGAGAUAUGUACCUCACUAG